UUAAAUUUUAUACUACAAUAUUCAAAGAUUGCACAUAAACUAGUAAUGAAAUCAAGGGCAGAAUCUCUCGUUUUGUUCUCUCCAUUUUUCAGUUUGGUCAUCACAAUAGCUCAGAAAUGUGAUUACAAAUUGUUUGUAGGAGGACAGAAAGUGCCUGCUAUUUUUAUGUUUGGAGACUCUUAUGGAGAUACAGGGAAUAACGAUUUUAUCAUUACAACAAGUAGGGCAGAUUUUCCUCCAUAUGGAAGAGAUUUCAUAGAUCAUAUUCCCACAGGAAGGUUCUCCAAUGGAAAACUCAUCUCUGACUACUUUGUUGAAGGACUUGGAAUCAAGGAACUGUUGCCCCCAUAUUUGGACCCAAACCUCAACGCCCAAGACUUGCUAACUGGUGUAUGUUUUGGAUCUUCUGGCACAGGCUUAGACAAUCUCACUGCCCAAAUAAGUAAUGUGAUACCAGUUUGGAAACAGAUUGAAUAUUUUAAAGAGUAUAGAAACAGAAUAGCAGGAUUGGUGGGAGAAGAAGAGGCCACCACCAUAAUCAGAAAUGCAAUAUUUCUCAUUAUAAUAGGCACAAAUGACUUCAUUGUCAACUACUUCACACUCCCAACUCGUCCACUUCAGUUCACUGUUCAAGAGUAUACAAAUUUUCUCCUGAAUAUAUACACAGUGUAUAUCAAGGAAUUAUACAAUCUGGGUGCCACUAGAUUCGCUUUGAUUAAUGUUCCACCAUUGGGAUGUUUACCAAUAGAGAGAACACUUAGAAGCGUUUUGAAUAGGGGAGCAUGUGACCAAGAGCUAAAUCAGGCUGCAUCUGGAUUCAAUUCGGGAUUAAAUGCCAUGAUUGAUGGACUCAGAUCUUCUAUUCCUAGGCUUCAAAUUGUUUCUCUGGAUUAUAACAAUCUGAUUUCCGAGUUCAUUGCAAAUCCUAGCAAAUAUGGUUUGGAGGUGAUUGCAAGGGGUUGCUGUGGGACGGGCACAGUAGAAGCUUCCAUCCUAUGCAAUGAAUUGAGUCCCUUUACAUGCCCUGAUGCUUCCAAAUAUCUCUUCUUUGAUUCCGUGCACUUUACUCAGAAGGCAUAUCAAAUCAUUUCUAAUACAUUUUUAACCAGAGAUGUUCCUCAACUUCUUUAAACUUGUUUGCAAUUGCAUAUAAUAUUCUGCAAAGGUUCUUCAAGGAAAUUAGUCUUUCCCUUGUUGACUUAUAUACACAUCAUGAUUACAAUGUAAUUAGAGUGUCAUGUCUAAAAAUUAUAGAGCUUAUAAUUUCUUGGAAUAAAAUAUUUAGGAAUAAGUUGGUAGGGUUAUUUGAAUGAAUUAUGAGGAAUAAGUCUAGGGUUAGAGUUAUAUCAUGAUAUAGAAAUCUUAUUGCAUAACGUUAGAGGCAUGAUUUUGUUUUCAUUGUUUGGCGAGGAUUUUGAUUAAGGGUAAAACAGGUUAUAACGGACCUUCUACAAUGGGUUUUGAAGUGGCAUAACUGUUUGACAA